AUGGAAGAAACCACCGAGGUGGACAACCUCCUCCCUGCCUUCGAAACCACCGAGAUGGACAACCUCCUCCCUACCUUCAAAGCCACCGAGGUGGACAACCUCCUCCCUACCUUCGAAACCACCGAGGUGGACAACCUCCUCUCUACCUUCGAAACAACCGAGGUGGACAAGCUCCUCCCUGCCUUCGAAACCACAGAGGUGGACAAGCUCCUCCCUACCUUCGAAACCACCGAGGGGGACAACCUCCUCCCUACCUUCGAAACCACCGAGGUGGACAACCUCCUCUCUACCUUCGAAACAACCGAGGUGGACAAGCUCCUCCCUGCCUUCGAAACCACCGAGGUGGACAUCCUCCUCCCUACCUUCGAAACCACCGAGGUGGACAUCCUCCCUACCUUCGAAACCACCGAGGUGGACAUCCUCCUCCCUGCCUUCGAAACCACCGAGGUGGACAAGCUCCUCCCUACCUUCGAAACCACCGAGGUGGACAACCUCCUCCCUACCUUCGAAACCACCGAGGUGGACAACCUCCUCCCUGCCUUCGAAACCACUGAGGUGGACAACCUCCUCCCUGCCUUCGAAACCAUCGAGGUGGACAACCUCCUCCCUGCCUUCGAAACCACCGAGGUGGACAAGCUCCUCCCUACCUUCGAAACCACCGAGGUGGACAAGCUCCUCCCUACCUUCGAAACGGUAAAGGUUUCCUCCAGAACUUUCCUAGCGGCCCUCGGGACUUCGGAUCUCAUUCUAUGAGCUCAUUGGCUACAGAUAGACACCUCCCCAUAAGAUAAGGAGGUUCCCACCAAUGGGUCCUCAGGAAAUGACUAGUUCCAGGGUCCCUCCACUGAUGUCAUGGGAAGACUACUAGUCCUAGGGUCCCUCCACUGACAUCAUGGGGGACUACAAGUCCCAGGAUCCCACCACUUAUAUAUGAAGACUACUAGUCCCAGGAUCCCUUCUCUGAUAUCAUGGGGGACUACAAGUCCCAGGAUCCCACCACUGAUAUAGGAAGACUACUAGUCUCAGGAUCCCUCCACUGAAAUCAUAGGAAGACUACUAGUCCCAGGAUCCCUCCACUGAUAUCAUAGGAAGACUACUAGUGCCAGGAUCCCUCCACUGAUAUAGGAAGACUACUAGUCCCAGGAUCCCUCCACUGAUAUCAUGGGGGGACUACUAGUCACAGGAUCCCUCCACUGAUAUCAUGGGGAGACUACUAGUCCCAGGAUCCCUCCACUGAUAUCAUGGGGAGACUACUAGUCCCAGGAUCCCUUCACUAAUAUCAUAGGAAGACUACUAGUCCCAGGAUCCCUCCACUGAUACAGAAGACUACUAGUCCCAGGAUCCCUCCACUGAUAUCAUGGGGAGACUACUAGUCCCAGGAUCCCUCCACUGAUAUCAUGGGGAGACUACUAGUCCCAGGAUCCCUUCACUAAUAUCAUAGGAAGACUACUAGUCCCAGGAUCCCUUUACUGAUACAGAAGACUACUAGUCCCAGGAUCCCUUCACUGAUAUCAUGGGAAGACUACUAGUCCCAGGAUCCCUCCACUGAUACAGAAGACUACUAGUCCCAGGAUCCCUUCACUGAUAUCAUGGGAAGACUACAAGUCCCAGGAUCCCUCCACUAAUAUAGGAAGACUACUAGUCCCAGGAUCCCUCCACUGAUAUCAUGG